AUGACUCAAAACUAUUACGAGAUCCUCCAGGUUGAGAAAUCAGCCUCCGAAUCUGAGAUCAAGGCAGCUUUUAAACGGCUCGCCAAAAUACAUCAUCCAGACAAGAAUUCCAAUAGCGCAGAGGCGACUCUGAAAAAUGCGUAUGAUACUCUUAUUGACCCGUUCAAGCGCCGUCAGUAUGACCGGACCCUUCGGCCAGUAGGCUUCGGCCCUCGUGCGCGCGCACCACCAGAGCCACCCAAGUCCUCUUUUCAUCAUGACGGUGAAGGCGAAAAGAGACUGGACAAGAGGAUCGCAGAAUUAGGAGCGAGCCUCGAUCAAUUACAGGUGCAGAAAACCGCCGUGGAUCACGACAUAUGGACAGAGGAGGGGCUCCUGGCCAAGAUCAAGAUUGAGCUGGGCAACUUGAACGACAAGGAGGAUGAGGAGGCAGCAGACAUUGCGGCAAGAGGAAAGCGCGAGUUCAAGCUUACUUCUUGGUUUACGUCAGGGGAGUCGGCCCAAGUCAAAGAAGCCAGGGGACGACGUGCGGCGGAGAGAAACGCCGCCCGCACUGUCUUGCAAGGACGGAUCGACCAGGCCGCCGCCACGAUAGCUGGACUCAGGGCGCGGGAUGGAGUGCUGAUGGCGCAGAUCAUGAAGGAGAUGAGGGAGUUGGCCAGGCUCAACAUAGAGCGGGAGAGCCUCGCGCACGACAAGUAG